AUCAAAUGGAGGCGAGCUAGAUAAAAUCUUACAAACUAAUUAAGGGGAAAAAAGGAAACCCAUCCUCGCCGGAACAAACAACAACUCGCUCGAGUUUUGACGAGAUUCGACAAAACAUUAUAACUCUAUUUAACAUAAGGUACACAAACAGAAUAGUGACUGAACCGGAGGACAAUGCUAAGGCGAUGGAAAGAUGUACGAGAUGACAUAAAGAAUGAUAACAAUAAUAAAGAUGUUAUUUUGAAAUAUAUAUUUUGUACGAAUAUGUUAAGCUUCCAAAUGAAAAUAGUUCAGAACAGAAAAAUUAAAUUGGAAGAAGACGCAGAGCUGAGCAGGAAAAGGAAGAAGACAGAGACAAAAAGAUUUGUUUGCUCUGCCGCGAACUGAAUCGCAUGCCUUCACCUGCUGAUUUUUGUGUUCGUUCCUGCGAUUCAAUUCGGAUUGAUUUCUGGUACAGCAGUUGCUGAUGGACACCGGCGGUGGUGGAUUUCGCCGGAGAAUGAUGGAGACGGCGGAACAGAAACUCGAUUCGCCAAACCUAGGAGACUUUCUCCGAGUGAAAGAGGGGAGCAACGCUAAUGGGGGCAGUGACAGUGUGGCGGGUCUGACUCUAGGCGCCGUGCUGGGAAGAGAGCCACGGUCGGCUACGGCGGAGCUGCCAAACCACCGGACUCUCCUGGAUAUCAUACGGGCUGAGCCUUUUGCCAGCAAGGGAAACCGAAAGACCUGGAAACAGAUCACCGAUAGGCUCUGUCUCAGAAUCCCUGUGUCCGCCUGGUCCUGCGUCAAUCCCGACCCCCAUGCCCUUGACUCGGACAUACCUCUCCGGCAGAGCAACCGCUGGAUGGGGGAAGAAUCCCAUCCUGCGCGGGUUUCUGCUGCGAAUAGCUCUCCGCAGGCGGGGGAGCAAUUUAACCAUGAAUCGAUUCAACAGCCGGAACUGACGACAUCGCCGGAUUCAACCACUCUGAUUCUGCUUCUGCAGAGGAGCUCCAGCCGGGCAGUGGGUAGAGGAAGCUCAAGGCUCGAGGUAGCGGAAGCAGAAGCCUCCGGCGAAGGAACAGGGGACCAGCCGGCAAGACUGUCGUUGAUGACUUUGCUUGCGGAGACUGACAGGGAAAUGGGGCUGGACGGUGCAGCUUACCUGCUGGAAGAGGAAGAAGGGGAAGCGGAGGAGGAGAUUGCCGCCGCGGCCGCCGCCGGCAAUGUAGAUCAGUGCUGCGUGUGCAUGAUUAGACACAAGGGUGCGGCGUUUAUACCUUGCGGACACACAUUCUGCCGGCGGUGCUCGAGAGAGCUAUGGGUUCAAAGGGGAAGUUGUCCUCUCUGCAACAAUUCAAUCUCUGAAGUUCUUGACAUUUUCUGAUCACCUCUCUAUAUACUCCAUACUCUCUCAUCAUCUACAGGUUUCAUAUACUCCAUUCAUUUUCUUCUUCAGUAGCACUUUGAAACGGUAAAAGUAAAAAAAAAACAAAAUUGUUUGUAUUGGUGUAAAUUUUUUACUCACAUUUCUCACUCCGUAUAUUUCUACUGUGCAAAUUGGGAAUGGUUUGUGAUAGAUUGUCUAAGUUAGUUCUGUUGGGGUGGAGCCGGUUUUGAAUUUGGAGUGGUCAACAUGUCACAUUACCCUCGAAACAAAAAAGGACUAACAUUGACAAUAUAUAGACUGUGUUUGU